AUGCCAGGUGUCACCGUCAAAGAUGUCGAGGCCGGAAAGUUCAUCACCGCCUACGCCGCUUUCCUGAAGCGACAGGGAAAGCUCCAAAUUACAGGCUGGGUGGACACCGUCAAGACCUCGCACUCCAAGGAGCUGCCGCCGCAGGACAUUGAUUGGUUCUACAUUCGCGCUGCCUCCGUCGCCCGCCACGUCUACAUGCGCAAGACCGUUGGUGUUGGCCGUCUACGGAAAGCUCACGGCUCCACCAAGAACCGUGGAUCCCGCCCCUCCCACCACGUCGAUGCCUCCGGCUCCGUCGACCGCAAGGUCAUGCAGGCGCUCGAGAAGAUCGGUGUGCUCGAGCAGGACGAGGACAAGGGUGGCCGUCGCAUCACCCAGAGCGGACAGCGGGAUUUGGACCGAAUCGCGAUGACGACUCUCGAGGCCGAGGAGGAGGACGAGGAUGACGAGUAAAUGCUGCAAGGGAACUCGGGGCAUAUUCUAUUCGGUUUCUGAAGUAGCAUGAUCAUCAUGGGACGGAGUUGGGGUUGAUGAGACUCUGAGAUCUGCGCCAAGGCGCUGGUGUACCUAUAAAUCAAAAAGCCCGGCGUGCCACGGUCAAUUGGAUGCUUGCAUAUUAAUGUUCUUGCGCGUGAGAUGGUGUUUGAUAGCUUGGUUGGACUACCAAUAAGGGGAAGCCAGAUGGGAACUUCGCG